CCGUGUGUUCUGUCACACACACACACACACACACACAGCUGCUCACAGGCGACAUGUGGAACCGUGCGGGGGUCUGCGGGGCGAGUCCGUGUGACCAGCAGCGAUUUCAGAAGCGCUCGUCGACAGUCAGACUCAGCGGUGACAGAGUCUGAGCGACGGUUCUCCACAGCAACGAGGGAGAGAAUGAAAAUAGAGGAUUUUGUUUCUACUUGUCGGUACAACGCAGCAAAAAGAGAAGAAGAAGACGAAGAAAAGUCACCCACAAAGAUUUUGUCAUGAAGAAGGACAUAGAUGCAUUGAUAGCAGAGGAACGCACUGAAAUCAUCUCUAAAUAUGACAAGGGCAGGCAGGAUGGUGUCAAAAUUGACCCAUGGGAAGAUGCUGACUACAGCAUCUUUAAGGUCACUGACCGCUUCGGCUUCCUGCAUGAAGAAGAACUGCCAACACCCAGUGCGCUCGAAGAGAAGCAAAAGCACCAGGAGAUUGAGCGAGUGGAGAAAUGGCUGAAGAUGGUGAAGAACUGGGAAAAGUACAAGAACAGUGAAAAGUUGGCCAAGCGUGUGUAUAAAGGCAUUCCUCUGCAGCUGAGAGGCCAGGCGUGGGCCUUGCUUUUGGACAUAGACAAAGUCAAAGGGGAUAACCAGGGCAAAUAUGAGAAAAUGAAGCAGCAGGCUCGUAACUUCUCCACAGAGAUCAAGCAAAUCGACUUGGACGUCAACAGAACCUUUAGGAACCACAUUAUGUUCAUGGACCGCUUUGGAGUCAAGCAACAAGAGCUGUUUCACAUACUAGCAGCUUACUCCGUCUACAACACGGAGGUCAGCUACUGCCAGGGGAUGAGUCAGAUCGCUGCCAUCUUGCUCAUGUACCUGAAUGAAGAAGAUGCUUUCUGGGCUCUGUCCCAGCUCCUCACCAACAACAAGCACGCCAUGCAUGGCUUCUUCAUCCCAGGAUUUCCCAAGCUGCAGCGUUUCCAGGUCCACCAUGAUCUGAUCCUCUCUAAAAUGCUGCCCAAGCUAAAGAAACACCUGGAAAAGGAGCAGAUGACAACAGGGAUUUACACUACCAAAUGGUUUCUACAGUGCUUCAUUGACAGAAGCCCUUUCACCCUCACUCUGCGUUUAUGGGACAUUUACUUACUGGAGGGGGAGAAGGUGCUCACGGCCAUGGCGUACACGACCCUCAAGUUACACAAGAAGCGUCUGCAGAAGUUUCCGCUGGAGGACCUGAGGGAGUUUCUCCAGGAGCAGCUGUCUACUUCUUUCUUCCUGCCUGAUGAUGUGGUGAUUGAACAGUUACAGGCCGCUAUGUCUGAGCUACGCAGUAAAAAGCUGGACAUUUCUCCUGCAGCUAAGUCAGAUGAGCUACCAAAGAAACCUCUGGGACAAGAGAGACCUGUUCUCCUGAUGCCACUGCAGCUGGAGGUCAAAGUAAAUCUGCAGCCCCCCAGCCAGCCAGACGCAGAGACCCAGCCAACAGACAGCAGCGACCUACACCAGACCCCUCGUCCUGAGGAGCCACAGGAUUCAGGAAGCAUCUCCAGGGCAAACACGCCUUCGUUGCCUUCACCAGAUCCAGUUGUAGUUCACACACCUUCCACACCUGUGAAGCCUGUUAGAGCACCACCUUUACCUCCAAAAGCAAGGGUUGGGAUGGACAGAGAUGUGAGCCAUUCGCUCCUGCUGAGUAGCCAGCCUGAGGACACAGGAGGACUGAAGAGCCAGCCUGGAGACCCAGAGGCCCAGGAAGCGCCUGUAGAAUGGCCUCCACCCUAUGAACUCCCUGCUCUGGAAAUUAUUACUAUGCAGACAGAAGAAGAAAUCAUGCACCUUCCAGAUCUGCCACCUCCACCUUUAUUUUACCCUGAGCAGAUUGACCAAAGGCAUCUGGAUAAUGAAUUAUCCUGUACAGGAAAUGGAAGUGGUCCAGUGAUCCGGUGCCACUCUCCUUCUCCUCGCUCCGAUUCACCACAGGUUGCUCAAAUGAAGCUCUUUCCAAAACCAACCAGGAGUUUUGAUACUGCACAGAAAAAAUAUCCUCCCUCAAAGCCGUCCCCUCCUUGUGCUUUGUCCUCCUCUUCCUCUUCCUCUCCCAGACUUCCUCCCCCUAAGCCGACCAAGUUCCCAGUCUCCCUCUAUGUCCCUGUGCACGCAGGCGACCGACGACCAUCCAACACCUCUCAGUACGACAACCUGUCUGAGGUUGAUGAGGAUGACCGCUAUGUGGAGAGGCUGCUGGCCUCCACUCCUGAGGAAAUAACCAGCAUGCAUAGCAGUCGUCCACAUAUAAUAAACAGAGACUAUGACCCUGCCGUCUACCCUGUGCCUCCGCCCCCCGUCUUCAUCCCUUCAUCACCUUCUUUUGUUCCCCCCUCCUUGUGUGCUCUCCGUAGUUUGCCACAGGAACCUGAAUAUGAAGGUGAGAACAGCUGGGUGGAGGACUCCAUCGUCAUUCCUCCUCCUCCUCCACCUAGUUUUGCCGACAGACUCUCUCCCUUCCAAUGUAGCUCUGCCAGCAGUUCAGACACACACAGAGCCACCUCGCCCAGUUACUCUAAGCCUUUCGCUAGGGGCCCCAGGGACCAUUCUGCCUUCCCAGCACCUCUCUUGUACACCGGGUCUCCACCGAGUCAUUCCAGGCCCUCAGGACAGUCUGCAGUAGGGGCACCUUUGGUUCGAACCAGCCCAGACUUUUGCAGAAUGCCUCCAGGUGGACAGCAGCUGCCCAAAUCAGUGACCUUUUGAAAGUCUCAAGUAUGAUUCGAGAGUGAUUGUUUUCUCCCUAAACUCUGUUAAUGCUUGAUCCAUUUUUAGGUAAAAAUGGCCAGUAGCUAUUCAGUGUGUGUGUGUGUGUGUGUGUGUGUGCAUGUGUGUCUGAAAAGCCUUUUUUUUUUCAUUGAUAUGUACAGAUUUAUGUGAUACUUGCACCUUUUUUGUAAGGUUUCUAAGUGUGAAACUUGUAUUUAAAACUGCUGUUACUUUUUUUUACUGCCUAGAAACUGAGGGUAUUAUGUUAUCUCCUCUCGUCAUGAGACUUUUACACAGCAAUGAGAUGAUCUAAUACCAGCUUCCCAUUUCUUCAUCUGAAAAGUUAGUUUCAGUUAUGUUCCAACAAAGUGUCUUAACCUGAUCAUGGAGCACUGAGUGAAGCAACUCUUAACUCAAGGGCUUUUGUGGCUGCAGCGUAACGUCACCUUUGCCAAAGCACCCACAAGCCUAUUCAUUUAUACUACAGUAUGAUAAACUGUGAGCUGGCUCACGUCUUAAACUGUAAUGUGUCGUAUAAUGCAGUUUCUUAACUAUAUCUGUAGGUUAGUACUAACCAGGUCAAACCAAAGCCAGUUGAGUGCAAACCUUUCACUGGUGUUAACACUGAAGUUAGUUUCAUGCAGGAAGCAGUGGGUACUUUUUUGUUGAGAUGAUGUCAGUUACAGUGUUUAUAUCGGUCGGUCAAACACUUGACAUCACGGCAAUCAAGCACUGUGUCAUGUAUAAUGUGCAUGCAAGGUUCUAUAAGAAAUAAGACAAACAUUGAGGGUUGUCAGUAAGUGCAGACUCUGUUCAGUAAUCCAGGACACAUUAAGAGUAGCCCCCUCUAGUGGUUGGAAGCAUGGGAUUCACAGUAGCUAGUAUUUGCAUUACAGGGAGAAACUACAUGCUACCUAUAAUGCCUGCUAAUGAAUGUGCACGUAGGAAAACAGGGGUCCUUGUCACAUUGUUGUAACAGACCAAGGAGAGAAGUUAAUGUAUCAGAUCUAAAUGUCUUUAUAUGACAAACAUAAUAUCAUCCCUUUACUUUAAUUAUGGGGAGAAAAGCUUAAGAAAUGGAAGUUGAGCCAUAUCAUAUUAUAUAAGGACCUAAUAGUAAAGCAUGUUUAUAUGGUUGUUUAAUUUACUUUGGUAUUAGUAUGCUUUGUAUACAGCCUCAACAUCAGUUGUUUUCUUGUUGGUUUGCUUCUCACUGACCUUUGUUUUAUCAAGGUCCUGCAGUUCUGUUAGUGUUAAGACAUUUUUUUGUAAUGGAGGUUCAGGUUACUGAUGAAGAAACAUGCAUUUUAGGCUAAAAUGUUAAGAUAUUUAAUGACUUGUUGGUAGACCAUGGCCUGACGGCUGUGAUUCAUACACAGGAACAUGGAUCUUGGUCUGUAUAAAAGUAUGUUUGGCUUGCUGGAGUAUUUUUAGUCAUGUGACCUGACCGGCUCCUUUUAUGGACCUGGUCGACAGCCUCAGACCAAAGCUUGUGUGCAUUUAUGCGUCCACUUGUUUGAGUUUUAUAAAGAUAUGACUCUUAA